CACGUAGUCAUAGCCAUCGCGUUUCUACUUCUAGCUGUCUGGGGAUGGUUUUAUAUCUGCUCACUCGGUAUUUUCGCCUGGAGUCUUGCAUAUCUAUGUCUCAACUGUGCCAAUGCGUCGUAUCUGUUCUAUCGGAUCAGACCCGUGCGUCUGACACAAGAGCAGAAGGACGUUUACGAAGCAGUCUUCAAACCACUAAAAGUGCCACGUCAUUCUUACAAGAAACUGUGUAAUAUCGGCCGGACAGCUUCCCUCACGAUCGGAGAGAACUAUGCCAUUGAAGGGCAGACUCCGUGCAACCGUUUAUCGCUUCUUGUGAGUGGAAAAGUUAAAGUCUUCUGUGAAGGGGAAUUUUUACACAAUAUUCUGGAGCAUCAGUUUCUAGAUUCGCCUGAAUGGGAAUCUUACCACAACGAGACUAACGAGUCCGACGUGUUUCAGGUAACCCUGACUGCAACCACCUACUGCCGAUUCAUGUCAUGGACACGAAGGAACCUCCAGAUCCUGCUCAAAGAGGAUGAAUACCUGGGAACUGUCUUCUCAAACCUGAUUGGCAAGGACAUCACCAAGAAGCUGUACCUGUUGACCGAGAGGAAUAUCACAAGAAAAGGCUCCAGGCCUGACAUUCGUCUCCCAAGUGCCGGUAAACAACCGCCUCCUAAUUACGACUUAAAGGGACAUUUAGCUGCGGGUAUUAGAGGUGCAUGCGGUGUUGGGCUUCCAAAUUAUGGGACGAGUUACGAUCCUGUGAGGGACUACGAGGCUUAUCAAGAAAAUCCCGCUUUGUUUGAGGAACGCUUUCACGAUGAUCGAGCACCUUUGGCGAACACACACGAGGUGGCUUAG